ACAAGAGGUUUCUUAACCCCAACCAUGCUUCUCCUAGAUACCCACAUUCUUCACACUACCCUGCUCUUGAUCCUGCUUCUGGAACUUAAAGGAGCAGAUAUGAAAGAGCUUAAGGUGAUCCAGCCUCAGAAAUUAGUUUCUGUUCACGAUGGAGGGUCAGUUAUUCUGAAUUGCACAGUGUCAUCUCUCACCCCUGUGGGGCCCAUGAAGUGGUUCAAGGGUGAAGGACAAAAUAGACAACUAGUGUUUAGUUUCACGGGAGAAUAUUUCCCCAGAAUAACAAAUAUUGCAGAUGUUACAAAGAGAAGCAUCAUGGACUUUUCCAUCCGCAUCAGUAAUAUUACACUUGCUGAUGCGGGUACCUACUACUGUGUGAAGUUCCAGAAAGGAACAGUAGAGCCUGACAUUGAGAUUCUGUCUGGAAGUGGCACUGAGUUGUUUGUGCAUGGAGCAAAUAUGAAAGAGCUGAAGGUGAUCCAGCCUGACAAAUCAGUUUCUGUUGAUGCUGGAGGAUCAGUCACUUUGAAUUGUACGGUGACAUCUCUUAUCCCUGUGGGGCCCAUUAGGUGGUUCAGGGGUGUAGCACACAGCAGACACCUGAUAUAUGAUUUUGUUGGAGAUCAUUUCCCCAGAGUAACAAAUGCUUCAGAUGCUACAAAGAGAAACAACCUGGACUUUUCCAUCCACAUCAAUAAUGUCACACCUGCUGACGCAGGUACCUACUACUGUGUGAAGUUCCAGAAAGGAAUAGUAGAGCCUGACAUUGAGAUUCAGUCUGGAGGUGGCACUGAGUUGUUAGUAUUUGAACUGAAGACAUCAGCAAUUGUUAAAAUCCUUGCAGCUGCACUCCUUGGAUACAAACUAUUGCUGGUAAUUGCUGUCACUCUCAUUUCCAGUCACAGAUGCAAAAUUCCUGAAUAGAUUCAGCAUGGAGAUAGAUGUUGAUGAGAAGCCACUGAAGACUGUUCAUAAAUACACAAUUAGGACAACUUGAAUUCAAAAUUUCUGGUUGUUCCUCUGUAUAUGUAUCAUUGUCCCAGAGUUUUAAUGCUGUGCAUUUUGAAUUAAAUUCUAGAUAUCUUUAUGUUCAUUAUUAAAUUAAUUUAAAUAUG